GAUCAUCCCCAUCAUCAUCACUAACCCCUGUCUGUCUCUUCGGUGACUGAAAACGUUUGUUUGUCCUUCUUGCAUCUUGACGUGUUGCCAUGGUGAUGUCCACAUUCCAGAAGGUGACGCUCGCCACGUGCCUCGUGCUGUGCGUGGCGCUGCUGCUUCCUAAAAUGUUGCUGUCCCGCGGCAGGAUGGACACCGACCAACGACCGGAAGGAGGUCACUUCCCCCCCAUGGUGCACCGUCAGAUGGCCCCAGAGGGCCGGGGCCAGAGGGCUGCGGGUUCGAGCCUCUCUAGAGCCCACAACACGGAGGCCAUAGCCAGGGCCAAAGGAGCAGGGCCAGGGGCGGCACCAGCGGGAAAGUCCAACCUGGCGGGACAGAUCAUUCCGGUCUAUGGCUUUGGAAUUUUACUCUACAUCCUAUACAUCCUCUUCAAGAUCACGUCAAAAGGCAGCAGUCAGCCAUCAGAGAGCAGGAUGUCUUCGACGCGCUCGGAGAACAUGAAGCGAAAGAUCACGGACUUUGAGCUGGCUCAGCUGCAGGAGAAGUUGAGGGAAACUGAGCUGGUGAUGGAGAACAUUGUUUCCAACGCCCAGCACAGUCCUGACAGGGAAUCAAAGGGGGUGACAGUGGACCAGGAGGAGAGUCUCCUCCAGCAGCUGACAGAAAUCACUCGUGUGAUGCAGGAGGGUCAGCUGGUGGAGGGUGUGGCUCCACACCAGAAGACCAACCAGAAGAGAUGGGAAGAUGAUGAAGACGAGACUGACGUCAUGUGGGAGCGUCCCCAUUGCUGCUGUCAACAGGCUACUCAGCGUAGUGGCUCACAGGAUGAGGCUGAAGCUGAUGACAGGAGCAGCCAUGUGCAUAACAUUCCAGAAGCUGCUCCAUGUAGAGGUGAAACAGACCUGGACCACGCAGCCCAGAGUCCAGGAGUUGACGAGGACUUAGAGAUGGAGCAGGAUGGUCAUCUGAAACAGAAGCAGAACAUGAAUGAGUGCAAGGAGGAGGAGGAAGCAGGUCAGAUCCAACUGGAUGUCCCAGACGAGGAGCUGCUCGGCGUCCUGCAGGAGCUUGAGGUCACCUUGAAGAUGACUUCAGCCAUGGAGAAGGAGAAGAUGGAUCACCUCAUCCGACCCAGUGAGAUGGACACGUGCGGCGGUGCGAUCAGACGGCGGAACAAAAGAAGAAGAAGCAAGAAAGAAUCUCAGUGACCUGGUGGAGAAGAACAUGUCGCUCUUUGUUCUUCACGACAACAUGCUGCAUGAAUUUCACGUCUUUGGACUCGCCCUGAUAGCAAAGAAAAAUACAUUGGGGUCAGUUUCAUGUAUUGUCCCUUCCUGACUUGUGUGGUGUUUGUUUAGGAGGUUUUUAAAUCAUCUGUAAUGUUUUUUCAACCAAACGAGUCUGUGAUUGCCACUUCUACACACCGUUGUUCCUUCACUGUGACCAGCUCAGCGUGACUGAAAGGUUCAAGCUGGUCCUCACAGGUUGUUUUUAGCCCAAUAAUGUGUAAAAACGUGAACUUCUGCAGGAUAAAUGGAGGGACUUUGAGAGAAGCAGUACAUGUGUUCAUAGAGCUAAUGAUCUGCUGUAAUCUAUACAUUUAUUUCUAUGCAUAAACGUAAACAAAACAAUUAAGACAACCUCCAAUGUGUUUCUGCAUAGCCUUCAGAAAGUAGGUAGUUGUGCUCCUAGAGUUCCCAAACAAAAUACAUUCAGGGACAGGAAGUGCUUGAACUCAACAGUGAUCAUAUAUUGUGAUAAUGUUAUUUAUCCAGUCAGUCAUGGCAGUGCAUGAUAUGCUGCUGUGCCUCCAAAAUGGAUGUUUCCACCCAGAUUCCCGCACUGACAUCACAGUUCACUUUUUAAACAAUUUCUUAAUGUACAAAAGUACUAAUAUUGUAUCCUGUAGCUGAACUAAGUGGCAUUAUCUUUGAGUUAAAUCAAAAGAACGUCAGUCACGUUUUGUAACUUUCAGCAGUUUGGUGAGAUUUAAUAAAGAAAUACCUCA